ACAAAAAUGAAACGAUUUUGAAGGUCGCUAAGCAGCUUGGUUUGGAUUGCUUGCAAAGUUAUCCGAAUUUUGACAUACCCUCUGUUUUGAAGGUUAUAAAUACAUAGUUGAACAAAAAAUAACCAGAUUAUAAGCAUCGCGAGCAUUAACUAAGUGGUACGUAAAUAACCAGUUUUUCAAUGUGAGAUAAAUCCACUUCAACUUCAGUAUGGACGUUUUUCUCCCAAUCGCCUUAGUGCUUGUUUUCUUUAUUAUGUUCUCAAUUUGCGGAUGGUGUUGCAAACGUAAACAACAAGGGGUUGUAUUUGGUUAUGGGGGGACACCUAUUACAGUAACAAAUCAGCCAGUAAAUUCAUCACCUGUUGUGAUUCCACCAUAUCCAAUGGAUCCACAACAUCCAGUUCCACAGCCAUCUCAGGCACCACCACCAGGAUUUGCACCUGGAUUAAUAAUGUAUCCUCCUGCACAAGGGCCAUAUCCUGGUGUAUAUCCACCCCCAGCUCCAGCGGGUGGAUAUCCACCAACAUCUUACGCUCCACAGACUGCUCCGCCGCCUUAUCACGAAGUGGUCAUGCAACCACCGCCGCCGGUACAAGUUGGAAAUGAAGGUUACUUGAAGCAAGCGCCAUAUAAUCCGCACUAUUAACAGGUCGGCCUACAGACCAAUUGACUCUUAUGUGACUGAAGAUAAUAAUACCAAUGUUAGAUCAUAAAAUAUAUACCAUAUUGUUUCACACAAUAUUUUUAAUGUUUAUGUAAUGAUUAGGUCUUUAUUGUGUUGUGGAGUCUUAUGUACAUGCAUUCUAUAUAUCACUGAUGUGUAUUUGCUAACGUUGGCGAUAUGGCAAGUAAAUGUUCAUCACGUUUGAA